GUGGGUGGGUGGGGUUGUUCGGUGUUGUGUUCUGUAUCGCCGGAGCUUCUCAGGGUCACGAGCUGCAAUCUCUAAGUUCCCUUGUUUUGAAAAAUGCUUUUGGAAGAUUUUCUUUGAUUUUAAAACUUUCCCCACUAAAUAUAAAUGAUUGAACUUCUGUCAGACUGGAUUUAAUUAGUCAUGUACGUUCUCACCUGGUGAGACCAAUGUUGUGAAGAAUUGAAACCAAAUUUACGUACAGUUCCUCAUAUCGUUGGGCAGGUUCACUGGUAAAAGGCAAACUCGGGACCAGAAACAGGAAGGUUUGACUGCGUACUGAAGAUGGAUGACAAAAUUGAGGUUAUCCUCAACACUGAAGUAAAGCAGAAAGACCCAAUCAAAGCCGUAACAAUUGCCAUCUCAGCUCGAGCUCUUUUUGAUAUGGAAGAAGAGCAUGAAUUAUUCUUGACAGAAGGCCAAGAAGAAUACAUUAAUUACCAGAUCAGUAAUGAAGACAUACCUCUAAAGGAAGGUAUUGUUUUGCCAUUCAUCAGGGCUGUUAACAUGGUAAAUAAAAGGUUGCUGGAGUUGAAUCCUGAGGAAAAACAACUGUUUGAAAUUCUCCUGCUGUCAACUCACAGUGCUGAAGGUGGGGUGCGGAUCAUUAACAGUGUAAACUAUUACGGUUUAGACAUCAGCAAGUUUUGCUUCUUGAAUGGAAAAGAUCCUUCAAAAUACCUGAGGUCUCAGAAUGUAAUGCUGUUCCUUUCAGCAUGUGAAACCUCUGUUUGCAAUGCUUUGAAAAGAGGCAUUCCUGCAGCACUAAUGAUAAACCAAGAAUACGCUGCAUCAAAAGAGCAACUGAGGGUUGCAUUUGAUGGGGACUCAGUAUUAUUCUCAGAUGAAACUGAUGCUGUCUACAGGGAGAAGGGUCUGGAGGAAGUCGUCAAAUAUGAAAAGAACAUGGAGCAUGUUCCUAUUGGAGAGGGCCCAUUAAAGAAUUUUGCCAUGAUCCUUGGAGAGAUGAAAAAGAAGUUCCAUCCAGAGGAUGACCCGAUCUGCACAUACUUGGUGACAGCAAGAAGUGGCAAUGACAUGGGCAUACGAGUCAUAAAAACUCUGCGUGAAUGGGGACUUAAGAUCGAUGAAGCUUUCUUCAUGGCAGGAGCACCAAAAGGCCCGAUUUUAUCUCAGAUCCAACCUCACAUUUUCUUUGAUGAUAAUAGUGAUAACAUUAAUGGAGCACGUGAGUUUGGUGUUCCAACUGGCCACGUGCUGUCUGUAUGCAACUAGUUUGAGUGGUCACUCCCCCAUGUGGUGGCAUUGGCAGGUUUAGGGUCUGGCAUUUUCUGAUUGACCUCUUUUGAGGUCAUUGCCUCACUAAUUGGGAUACAUAUAGUGGAUGGUCAGACUGUGAUUUUUCACCUGUUAAAACCAUAGCUGUUUAUGCACAAUUUGCCCUUGUGUACAUAUUGAAAAAGGGUGUAUGGUUGGAGAUUUUUCCUUGUUUAUUUGUAACCCUUCCUCUCAAGAUUCACUUAAUUAAUCUUUUUGUAUUUUCUGAGAAAGAACACGGUUUAAAUAGUUUUACCUUUUUUGCACUAUUUGUGCUUUUGCACAAAUGCCUGUGAUCAUAAAAUUCAGAGGAAAAAAAAGCAAUUGGAUCAGAGAGGAGGUGCUAGUUUAUAUCAUAGCAGCCAUAAUAGAACUAAAAGCAGAGGUUAAGUAGCUGAUUGUCGACAUGUUUUGUAAUUUUGAAUUUCUGUCUUGACAUUACUGCAGGCAUUUCUCACUGGCUUUCAUUCAUAGUUUUAAUUUUAAUUUGCCAACUUCUCUUGGUUUUAUACUACGGUUACAAGCUAUGCCAAAGUGAAAGGAAAGGAGGUGUAAUCACACUAAAUAGAAAUUUGUACUAUAUUUUUGAUUGCCGGGCUAAAGCUACUUCAAUAUGCUAAUAACUGCUUCCCGGAUUUGGGAUAGGUCCUUGGAAAAAGGGAAAAUGUGGAGGGUGUUUUGCCACAUUUCUGUACCAGCAAUAAUCUGCCAGAAUUUUUACUCUUCUGCAUUUUUAACUAUAGAACUACAAUGCACCUUGUAUGCACACAUCCGUUCUUUUUUCAGUAUCCUACUGGGGUUUUAUCACUUUAAGUUAUUCACACAAAAUGCUGGAGGAACUCAGCAGGGCAGGUAGCAUCUAGGAAAAUAGAUAAAUAGUUGAGUUCUGGAGUCAAGACUUUUCAUCAGGACUGGAAAGGAAGGGGGCAGAUGCCAGAACAGAAAGGUGGGAGGAGAGGAAGGAGGACAAGCAAGAAGGUGAGGGGUGAAGCCCGGUGGUGGAAAAGUAAAAAGGCAGGAGAGGGAGGAAUCCGAUAGAAGAGGAGAGUAGACCAUGGGAGAAUGGUGUGAAAGAGGGGCAUCAGAGGAAGGUGAGGAGAAGAGGUGAGAGACCAGAGUGGAGAAUAGAAGAAAGAGGAGAGGAAAGAGGGAAAAAAAACGAAGCAGAAAUUGAUGUUCAUGCCAUUAAGUUAGAGGCUUUCUAGAUGGAAUAUGAGGUGUUGCUCAGUUUGGCAGAAUAGGAUAGGAAUGAAAAUGUUAGGCCUCUGGGAAUUCCACUUUUGGUAGAUGGUGCUUGGCAAAGCGGUUCCCCAUUUUACUUUAGAUCUCAGUAAUGUUGAGAAGAGGCCACAUGAGGAACACUGGGUACAGUAGAUGACCCCAACAGAUUCGCAGGUGAAGUGUUGUCUCAACAGGACUAUUUGGGGUGCUGGAUGGAGGUGAGGGAGUACGUGAAUGGGUAGGUAUACUGCCCAUUCUGUCACUUACAGAAACUUGUGCCAGGAGGGAGGUGAGUGGCGAGGGAUGAAUGGACAAGGGAGUCAUAGAAGGAGAGAUCCCUGUGGAAGGCAGAGAGUGCGGUGGGCGGGAGGUAAAGAUGUGUUUUGUGGUGGGAUCCUGUUAAAGAUGGCAAAUUGUUUCUUCUCCAGCACUUUACCUUUCCCACCCACCUGGGUUCACUUUAUCAUCUUCCAGCUUGUCCUCCUUGCCCUCCCCCCACCUUUUCAUUCUGAUGUCUUCCCUUUUCCUUUCCAGUCAUGGUGAAGGGUCUCAGACCAAACAUUGACUGUUUAUCUAUUUUCAUGGAUGCUGUCUGACCUGCUUAAUUCCCCCAGUUGCUCUGGAUUUCCAGCAUCUGCAGAGUCUCUUGACUUUUUUGUCAAUUGUAAUUGCCUUUCAUAAUUUCCUAGACAAAUUCACUGGGAAUUAAGUGUCAAUUCUUACAAAUAAAGUUGUUGGUUAUCACAUUGCUAUAGUUUAAGAUGGAGACUUCUCCAUAAUUUUCCUUUGUGCAUAAUUUUAGUUGAGAAUCAAUUCAAUCAAAUUGUACAAUGCCAAUUGGUGUUACAGUGCCAUUGUGAACUAAUAAGUUAAAAAAUCCGUAUUUGAAAAUGGAUUACCCAAAAAUUUUGCACAAAAAUCAUAGGUAAGGAAAGAUCAACUGGUUUCAAAUUGCUUCUUUUAGAUUUUUUGAACAAUUCAUUUAUUUUUCAGUUGAUAACAAUUUGCUAUUAGUCAUAUGCAUGUUAAGGGGUUACUAUUUAUUCUGUAUCAUACAAAGACCAAAUUGUUAUGUGCUGGGAGUCUUAAAAAUAACUCAGUAGUUUGUAUAUGAUACUAUUCAGUAGUUUUUUAAACUCUAAUUAUCUUUAUGUCAGAGUGGGCUGGAGUAUACACAGCAUAAAUAUAGAGGCUUUGAAUAUUUAAGCUUGAAAGUUUUGAUUUGCAAGUGGAUAAUGCCAACCCUGAAGAAAACAGUCAUUCAGGUGAAGUGAUCAAAUUGAGCUGCUUGUUCUUGCUAAGCUGUCAACCCAAUUUUCUCUCCAUUCCAUUAUUUUUGUAACAGCAUCUGUCUGCAACUAUCUGUUAAAUCUCUUAUCCAUACUCUUGUCAUCUUCAGAAGCUAGUGUGGCUCUCUUCGUAUAUUCAUUCACUGUAAAUCUGGACUGCUUGCAUCAUAUGCUUCAAGUAUUGUACAUGCAUCAGUUCUGUGUUCGUUGGUUCAUGUAGACUCCAUUCUUUAUAUUUAAAAUAGCAAUCCUUGUUAAGUUACUCUAUGACUGUUCCCACUAUCCCUGUAAUCUCCUGCAGAUCCACAAUAUCUCACAAUGCAUUUUCCCUUCCUCUUAUCAAGGCUCUUGUGUAUCCCCCUAUGUUUGAUAUUAGCACAUAAGCACUCAGGCUCAAAGGAUUAAAUCAUUCAGCAAUGAGCUUGAACAGAAAACCUAUGCUCUCGGCAGGUAAUAAGGAAGCAGAGGCUACAAAUAUGGCAGCAUCGUUUUCAAAGCAUUUGGUGGUAUCUGUCCUCUAGAACAUCUGUUUACAGCGAAAGUACCAGAGUGCAUUCCAUUAACAAGAGGUAUUCGUCGAUUAUGGACUGAACUGAUUAUGUAACGCUUCUAUUCCAGCACCGAAUGAAGGAAGAAUGUUUACUAAUAUUAGGAGAAAGAUGAAGUUAAUUGUACCCUCUGUACAUUAAAAAAAGCAAAAUUGAAGAAGUUCUGUAAGAAAAGAAUUAAUGUAAUAUAUAACAAAAUACAGCAUACAUUUUUGAAAUGUGGAAAACAAAAGCAAUUUUCUGUUAUUAAAAGCUUGCUUGAACAGAA